AUGUAUACAACUCCUCCCUUUUCUCAUAAUUAUUCAAACCCAGUGCUAAUGAAAGAUGAUGUUGGAAAACCAAAACCCUCAACAUACAAUUUACCAAAAUAAGAUUUUGUUUAUGGCCUUCCACUUAUCAGAGAUAAGGAAGGAGCAAAAGAAGGUAAUUAUAUACUAAUAAUGUAAUUUUCAGUAACAAUGACUUGGAAAUUUCACCUAGAAUCUUUGGAUAGAAUUCCAAAUAGAGAUUUUGCCUAACUUAAUAAGAUGUCUGUUUUCAAUGGAUCUCUCACUGCUCAUGUAACUUAAUUAAUAUUUCUUUAAGGAUAUGUAUAAAUUUAGAUAAACUCAUGAUGCUCGAUUACAAGUUAAAAAAGGCACUAAUAUUUAAGCAAUUGAAUUACCUGAGGAGGAAUUUAGAUACGGAAGAAAAAAUAGGUUAAUUUUAUUAACUAUAAACAUUGCAUAGACCAUCUACUCCUAUGAAAUUAGUAAUGGGUAACUCUUAUGGAAUAGAAGCUGCAUCAAUUACUUUGGAUAAAUAUUACAAAAGGGCUGGCUCACAAGUAUAUCCUAUCACUUUCUAUCUUGUAGGAAUCCAGAAUGACUAACACAAUUGUCAAACCAAAUAAGGCAUCAUAAUUAUUUCAUGAAAGCAAUCACAAAAAACUUGCAGUGAUCAAAGGAGUAGAAAAAAAAGAACCCUUUAAAAUGGAAAAAUUUAAGACUGUGAGUGCCAGAACAGAUACUAAUCUAAUAGCAAAGAAGGAGUGAUUAACUUAAUUUUUAUUAUAAAAAAUUAAUACAAAAAAUCUAUGAG